AUGCUGUCAAGUGGAAAGGUUCCACCUUUGAGCUUCCCCGUGGGGAAUGUCCGAGUGGAGGAGAGAAUUCGAGACGCCGAUGAGCCAUCCAAGUUAUCGGCGAAAUGCAGUCGGAGAAUUGGGAAAGGCGUGGGAGGAUUGGAGGAAUUGUCGAGAAUGGCCGUAGGCGUGACUGCUUUAGUGGAGUUGGAGUUCGGCACUUGA